CGAUCCAGAGCAAGCCUGGCUUGUGAUUGUCAGCAAGUCGUAAUUUGGGGCAAGACAACCGGCUGCCUCCAGUGCCGGACGAUUACUACCGUUAUGAGGGAAUGGUCUGGUCGGAAGUAACCCUUGCCAUAUUGCUGUGUUCAGCUGCCUCGUGGUUGCCAUCUUGUUGAACCUUACGGAGUGCCGAGGUGAGAGUGAUACAUAUGUCCUGAGAGUUUGGCAUCUCUUGUCUUUCUUCCUUUUCAGGAUCCGCAAUUUGAAGAUGGGUGACUCGUUGACUUUGCGAUGCUCGCGCGCUCGGCAUGAUAGGACUGUGAUGGCGCAGUGGGAACAACAGCACCCUUCUCGACUAGAAGGGUUGAUAGUCCGGCCGUAUAUUCUAAACAGUGGGCCCAGGGCCAGCACGAGUUACCAUACCAGCAGUAUCGCAUCCUUGCAGGGCUAUUCAGUCGUAGGCAACAGAGCAUCCAGCUAUCGGCCCAGCUCAACGGCAUCUGAGAACGUACCAUCGCUAAACCAUUCCUUCAGCACUAUGUCGACAAGAACGAUCGAUACAAACAAGUCGUCAGGGUCCUCAAGCACAAAUAUGUCUGGUGCUUCACAAGCAGGAACAUUGCAAUGCACCUUUGCGUUCCUUGGAUGUCGCGAAGAGUUUUCCUCCACGUCGACCUGGAGGACCCACUGUACCUCGCACUUCCGCUCGCAACCUUCGCCCAAUCGCUCACAGUGUCCCUUUUGCUCUUCUCAGUGGAGCUCAUCGUCGGCUUGGAAAGACAGGCUUGAUCAUAUAGCCAUCCAUCACAGGGAAGAGAGAAUCGAGACAAGGUAUAGGCCUGAUUACGACUUGUUUCGUCACCUGUUGAGAUUUGGGGUGAUCAGCUUCCCGCAGUAUCAAGAGCUGGAAAGGCGCGGAAGGUGCGACGGGGUGGGUGCAGUUUAUCUCGAGACUAAUAAUUCGAGGAGAGAGAGGAGGGAAGGUGGACCUCGUGGAUGGACAUCUUAUCCUGUCGGUGGUUGAAGGAAUCGUUGUGAUGCAUCUUUGUUUGCAGGAAGGAGGUGAUAUUGUUGCGAUGUUGAUUUGUGAGAACUCUUGUUCCCAGCAUGUUCUAGCUUUGCUGUUGAUUUUCCUGAUAGUUAGAUGACCUUACGACCUCUUCUUUGUUCCUACAGCAAGCAGCCAUAUUGCUUUUGUGUAUGAGCAGGUAUCGUUUAUUUCCGACGCUCUGGCCCAUCGCUUGAGUGAAUGAAGACUCUUGAUACAUUCGGACACAGUAAGCAAUCACAGUGAAGAGGAAACAAAUGCUCUUUAUAAAGAUCUGUCACUCUCAAGCCUAUGUACUUUUUUUUAAGCCUCCAAAGUCAACCCAUGACUCUGGGCUGGUUGCACAGCCUCAAUGUGCCGCACAUCCACCAUUACAUAUUGCUGUGAGUAUUAUCACACCUUGAGUAUGUCAGAUCGUUGUG